AUGGCAAAGAAAAUCCAAGAAACCAUCAAAUUGUUUGGCGUUGAAAUUAGUGUGAAGAAUGUUUCUUCCUCUGGAGAAGAAUCAACAAGUGACACAAGAGGGAUGAGUUGUACUAGUCAUCGUAAUAGUAAGGGAAGAAGAUGGAGUGAUGAUGAACAGAGAGCGUUCUUGAGUGGAUUGGACAAACUUGGAAAAGGAAAUUGGACUCGAAUUGCUAAAGACUUUGUGCCAAGUAGAACACCAACACAAGUUGCGAGUCAUGCCCAGAAAUAUUUUGACAGACAAAAGGAGAACAGAGCACUCAAAUGCAAAAAGUCCAGUGUCUUCGACAUUAAUUUGGACGAAGAAUCCUCAAAUACUUGUCUGGAAUUGUUGUCGAAAAGGGCAUUAAAGGAAUAUAACAAGAAAGGGAAAGAGGUUUUGAAUGAAGAAAAUCCAAUUUCAGCAAUGCCAAUCAGCUACAGACUUCCUCCUGAUGGAAGCUAUGGCUAUUGCUAUGUUCCCAUGAACAAUUAUCAGUUUAAUUUUAUGUCAUCAUUCCACCGGGCUUCGUCUCAGUCUAGUUCUGCGUCCGUGGAUGAUUUAGAUCUAACUCUCUAG